AUGUCGUUCCGCUUCUUGUCUUCUCACAAGACUUUCACAAUCAAGCGAUUCCUGGCCAAGAAACAAAAGGAAAGCUGUCCUGUUCCUCAGUGGAUUCAGAUGAAACCUGGUAACAAAAUCAGGUACAACUCUAAGAGAAGACACUGGAGGAGAACAAAGCUGGGUCUGUAAGGAUUCACACAGUGGCAAGACUGUUUAUACUGAAUUGUGGUCAUCGAUCAAUCCUACCACAUGGAGUUCAACAUUUUUAACCUGGAGACUCGGUCAUGUUUAAGUUAGGGAAGUGGUUUAUCCAGUAAUAAAAUGUAGAACCUU